AUGCACGAUCGUCCGAACGAUCGUGCCGCGUUUGCGUUCGCGCAACUUGAGAACGAACUUUCGACUCGUUCUAUGCGUGACGAGCUAACUGCUGCUCGUCGAGACAUCGCUGAGCUGCUUGAACAGGUCGCUUCGCUAGUCGACCAGACUGGCUCGUUGAAACGGGACCCUUCGAGGGUGGUCUCGGCUCUCGACCGCGGAGGUAUUCUUCGCAUCUCGAAACGGGCUCAUACUGAUAGUACGGGUGGAGACGACCGACGUAAAACGUAG